AUGGCGACACGCCCAACUCUCCCCUACUUUGCGCCACCAGACCUGCUCCCGGCCCCACUGCCCACCGUCGCCGAGAUCCUCGCCUCGACGCAAUUCAUGAAGAUGGUCGCAACCGCCCUUCCACACCCACAUGUCGUCCGCGUCGGGGAGCACUUCCUUGUCAAAUUCGGGCCACACGUCCGCCUCCAGGAGGGUGAAAAUAUGCUCUUCGUCAAGCAGGCGGCGGGCCUGGCCGUUCCGACCGUGUAUGCCCUUUUCCACGAUGAAGCGACUGGCCAAAACUUCAUCGUUCAGGAAUACAUCCAAGGUCAGGGCUUGGACGAGUAUUGGCAAACCGCUACUCCAGACGGCAAGGAGGCGGUAGUCGUCCAACUGCGUCAAUACUUGGACAAACUUCGCAGCAUUCCAGCACCUGGCUAUUACGGUGGCCGUGAAGCGCUCCAGAAGGGUGACGUUCCGGCGUGCGAUACAGAAGAGCAAUGGGUCGAGACUGUGAUUCGAAACGCCGAAGCCGGCUACCCCACGAAACAGCCCGCCCUGCUCGAGUUUUGCAAGCGUAUGCUCCACUCGGUCUAUCGAGGCCACGACCCUGUCUUCACACACGGGGAUCUUCAUGUGUCCAACAUCCGCCUGCGCGAGGACAACACGGUGGUGCUGAUCGACUGGGAGUGUGCGGGCUGGUAUCCGAGCCAUGUCGAAUACUGCAACGCCACCGUCGGCUUGCACUUCGACACCGAUUGGGUCCUGUGGAUUCCCCGAUUUCUCAAUGAAUAUACACAUGAGUUGGCCUGGAUGUACCAGGUCCGUGCGUGGAUCUUUUGGGGUGGCAAUAUUGAAUUGUAA